UUAUCAGCUAGUUGUCCGCACACAAAGAAAGUUGUCUGAAAUGGCGCUGUCAACAAUUUUCAAGGAUUUGCCUGCCGAGCAUCCGCGCCACCUGAUACCUGAGCUAUGCCGUCAAUUCUAUCAUCUGGGCUGGGUGACAGGCACUGGCGGGGGCAUGACGAUUAAAUUCAACAAAGAGAUUUAUAUAGCACCAUCGGGUGUGCAAAAGGAACGGAUGCAGCCAGAGGAUCUUUUCGUGCAGGACGAAGAUGGCAAAGACUUGCAGUUGCCGCCACAAAUAAAAGGACUGACCAAAAGCCAAUGCACCCCCCUAUUUAUGCUUGCCUAUCGUCAUCGCGAUGCUGGCGCCUGCAUUCACACACAUUCCCAGCACGCUGUGAUGGCAACCCUGCUAUGGCCAGGCAAAACUUUCCGUUGCACGCACUUGGAAAUGAUCAAGGGCAUCUACGAUGAGGCGGAUAAGCGUUAUCUACGCUACGAUGAACAACUCGUUGUACCCAUCAUUGAGAAUACGCCCUUCGAACGCGACUUGGCCGACAGCAUGUAUGCCGCAAUGAUGGAAUAUCCCGGAUGUAGCGCCAUUCUUGUGCGACGUCAUGGAGUCUAUGUGUGGGGCAAGACAUGGGAGAAGACUAAAACUAUGUCGGAAUGCUAUGACUACUUGUUCUCCAUUGCCGUGGAGAUGAAGAAGGCCGGACUCGAUCCGGAAAAGUUUGAAGAUGUCUCGAAAGCUUAACCAUCAACCACAACAACCAAAAAGGAAAAAAUGCCUCAUCAUCUUGCAUAUACUGAUAAACGCAACUGAUGUACAUAAAAAUAUAUAUAGUUGAAUAUAGACAUACA